AUGUAUUCCUAUUCUGAUAUAAAUGAUUACAUUCAUCAGUACAUGGAUCCAAAAUCUCAUCACACAACAGACCCAAAAGGAUCAAAGGUGUAUUCGAUUAAUCUUACUUUUAUUCUCUCCACAUAUCGAGUUCUGGUAUCACUUACUGGGUCAUACCAACUUGAUCUGCGUGGAACAGAUUUUGGAGACCUCAUCGGAUUUGAAAAGAAAAUUGUGACUAAAGCAGAGUAUGGAACACGCCUUCCAAAUAUCACAAAUUCAGUUGACUCAUUAAAUAUAAACACAACAGCUAUAAAAGAUUCCGUUGUAAAUGGAGUAAAUACAAACACAAUUGCUGUUAUACCAACUGAUAAUCUUACGAGGAGUUGUCCGUUCACUUUCGAACGGAGAAGGGAAUUACACUGCCCUGUUAGUUCUAAUACUAUUUCUGAAAUGAGAGUAUACAUAACCGAUUCACUUGGAAAACCUGUGGAUUUGAAUGGUAUUGAUUGGUUUAUGACACUACUUCUUGAUAAUGUAAAACCAACUGAUAAUGUAAUACUAUAAAUAAAAUGCGUCAAUCAGAGUUUUAAAAAAAUACAAUCCUAUUACAGGAAAAUUUACAAAACAACAUAUCUGGAGUGGUGAUGAGAUCUAUGGAAAAGGAGUAACUGAUAAAUUGAAAUCUUUAUUUGGAAGAUCGACUAAAAAGAAAAGUAGUCCUCCACCUCCAAAACCAGUAGUUUCCUCUUCUAAAAAAGCUGGUGACAAAAUAGUAAGUAUGCUUUCGUCUAACAACUCUCAACAAACAAGAAAAAGAAAUUAAUUAAAUAACCAACACCAUAAAUAAUAGAGUACUUGAAAUUUUAUCAGGAGGAAAAAUUAUAUAAUUAUUAAAUAAAAAUGAAGUCUUUUAGAAAUCCAAGAUAUCUUGAGCGAUAUGAAGAUGUUGUUUUUGACCUUGAACAGGCUCUAGCCGCACCUGGAAAUGGUGCCCACCAAACUAAAACAGGUCAUAGAUUUGUUGCCGAUAACACGGGUGAGGCUACUCCAUUUGAUUGGUAUAACGCGCGAUUUUCAGUAGAUUUCAAAGUUAAUCAGCUGGCUGCUGGAGCUGAUAUAGAUGUCGAUGGGGAUCAAAUGGGAAUGAUAAAUGGUAGUAGUUCUCUCAUAGAAAAGUUAACUAUCCUGGCAAAUGGCCGAGACGUUUACAGUUGUAAUUACGCUAAUCAUGUAGUAGAUAUUAAGAAUUUGCUUGAGUAUAAUCCCUCUUAUGCUGAGAGUGUUGCCACAAAUGAAUUUUACCCUCUUGAUACAUCAAGACAAGCUGAAAGAGAAAAAUACACAAGAAGGCAAGUAACUCACAGACGGAAUGCAGCUAAUAACGCUGACGAAGCAGGAGAAAUGAUAGAUGAUGUUGAAGCUAAUUAUAACAAAGGUUCUGCAAUAAGAAAAGUUAUAUUAGGAGACUCAGCAACAGUGCGAUGUGAAAUUCCUAUCAACAGAUAUUCGUUUUUUGAAACAUUAGAGGACAAACUUCUUCCAAAUACAAAAAUUGAACUAAAUAUAGAACUAGAAUCAGAAAACAAUCUUAUCUGGCGAGCUAAAGGAAACAAUUGUAGAGUUAUACUAACAAUAUUACAACUAUUUGUUCCAAGGAUAACAUUUAACUCAGAAGGACAAAAACUAUACAUGGAAAAUUAUCUUAAACCCUACAAAUGGGCUUAUCUCAAUGAAGUAGUUGAGCGAUCGAAUAACUCUCAACAGCAAACAGGUCAUUUCAGAAUGACAAAUGCUAUCUCAAAACCUCGCCAUAUUUUUGUUUUUGGAAUUAACACAGCCAAUGUUGAUUCACAAACAGCAAAUCCAUUUCUAUAUAACACUUUUAACCUGCCAAACAAUGCUAAUAUAUCUCGCUGUUAUCUCGAGGUUGGAAAUGGAAAUGAGUACCCCGAUAUUCACUUUAAACCAGCUACAGAUCCAGCAAGAGUUUUCAGAGAAGUAAUGGGUUAUGUUUACGCAAAUAACGACUUUCAACGUGGAACACUUCUCAAUGAUCAAAUUUUGAAACUCUUUUCCCAUUUGUUUACUUUGACCUAACAAAACAAAAAAUGGAUAUUAAAGACGGUGUUACAAAACUUUCGUUUCAUUAUGAGUUAUCUGCUAAUCCAAACGCUGAUUAUAAUAUUUACGCUCUGGUACUUCACGAACGAGAAGCAGAAAUUGAACAGCAAGGAGGAAAACUGCUGCUAAGAGCUUAAUAUAAUUAAUAAAUAAAAAUGUAUUACCAAAUAGGAGGAAAAGCAACCUCCUAAUCCUCCUCCUCCUCCUGAUCUAAUAGAUUUCGGAGAUGAAGAACCAGCUGACCUCAUAGAUUUUUCAACAGAAAUACCACCUACAGCAAAAGAUAUACCAGAGGAUGAAGAACUGUUUCCAAAGGGAAAAAAGUAUAAUCUUAUAGACGAAGAUUUAAUACCCACAAGCACUUCAGUUCCUCCAAAUGGUGUUAAUGUUCUGAACAACAUUCUCAAAUACCCUGAAACAAAAAUAUACUGGAAAUAUCAUUAACUCCAGGUUUAAAACACAAGAUAAAAAACCUUGCCUCAGAGGCAUCACUUGGUAUAGCAAAUAUUAUUAGCUCUCUUAUUUCUGCUAAUCGUGGAAAAAUGUCAAUAUACUCAAUAAGUCGAAAUCAAUAAAAAGAAAUUAUUGAAGGGUUAAUAACUACAAUAAGCGUGUUAAUGUCUCCAGCACAAAAAACUUAAUAUAAUUAUUAAAAUAAAAUGUCUUCUUAUUAUGAAUACAAAGUAAAUCUGUCAGACGGACAAAAAAUGAAAUUAGCUUCAGCUAUUCGAAAUCAAACACCUAUUACUCUUCGUUUAAAAUAUAAUCAACUCAAUGGAGAAGAUGAACUAAUGUUAACAAAAAGAUAA